AUGUAUUUUCCUAAUGCACAGGGAAAUCUACACUUGAUGACUGUAAGUUAUUGUGUCAAAUACUCUGAUAUAGAUGUUUAUGUUGAAUUUGUUCAUUUGACCUAUUCCACUUUCCAUAUUCCCCACAAAGACACGAGAAUAUGGAAUAAUUACAAACAGGUUCUUGAAGCAAGCCAGAAAUGUCUAAAGGCAACUUUUUCGGUUGAAU